UAUCGGAUUCAUUUUCUUAGGCUCCAUCCCUAUAGAUAUACGUUAUUCUGUGGCCAGUGCCGUAAUAUUUAAUAUUAUUUCAACGUAGCAUUGUUUGUUUAUAAUAAAAAUGAGCGACUCGACUCGUGAGGAUCAGAAAAGAUGUGCCGAUGCGGAUUCUGAAGAAGAGGAAGAGUGGAUAGGACCAAUGCCAACCGCAGCAGCUCCACCGAAGAAACGAAAAGUUUUAGAGUAUGAAAAGCUGUUUCUGAAUAAUUUGCCAUCAACCGAAUGCUAUGAAAAAUCAUUCAUGCAUCGGGACACUAUUACGCAUCUGGUUGUAACGAAAACGGAUUUUAUUAUAACCGUGAGUGUGGAUGGACAUGUCAAAUUCUGGAAAAAGAUGGAACACGGAAUUGAAUUCGUCAAACAUUUUCGAAGUCAUUUGGCUCCCAUUAAUGCACUUGCUACUAACUCUACUGGGUCGUAUCUUUGCACAGCUUCCGUGGAUAAAAACAUUAAAGUGUUUGACGUGAUCAACUUUGAUAUGAUCAAUAUGUUGAAACUAGAAUACGUUCCUUACCGGGCUGAGUGGAUUCACAAUACCGGUGAUGCAAUUAGCUAUCUUGCAGUAGCGGAUCAAGAUUCCAACAAAAUUUACGUGUACGAUGGAAAGGGUACCAGCACUCCGCUGCAUGUCCUAGAGAAACUGCAUACAAAGCCAGUAGUACUCAUCAAGUAUAAUCCCAUUUACGAAUUCUCUAUCUCGAUAGAUAAAGCUGGUAUACUAGAAUACUGGUUAGGACCGAGAAAUGAUUUUAAAUUUCCUUCCAAAGUUGUUAACUUUGAAUCCAAACUCGAUACAAGUUUGUAUGAGUUUGCCAAAAACAAAACGAUGGUUAUUUCGUUGGCAUUUUCACCGGAUGGUAGAAAAUUUGCAACCGUCUCUGCAGACAGGAAAGUGCGCGUAUUUGGCAGCCUGAGCGGAAAAUUGCUUCGCGUGUAUGACGAAAGUCUUGCACGGUACAGUGAGAGCCAGCAGCUCUCACAAGCCCUUUCCAAUAUGGAGUUUGGACGGCGGAUGGCAAAUGAACGAGAUUUGGAGAAAUCCGAUUCUUUCAAUUUAAUGAAUAUAACGUUCGAUUACAGCGGACAUUUCAUUAUGUAUCCUACAAUGCUGGGUAUUAAAUUGGUGAAUGUUGAUACAAAUAAAUGUGUGAAAAUUAUUGGCAAAAAUGACAACUUGAGACCGCUUCAUUUGGCCUUGUUUCAGGGUCGAGUGAAAAAUUCCAAGGCAGCAAUAACGUUAGAACAAGAAGCAUCGGAUAAUCCAGCGCUGCAGUCUACGGUAAACGAUCCUACGUUAUUCUGCACUGCUUACAAAAAACAACGUUUCUAUCUAUAUAGUCGACGGUUACCAUCAGAUUUGCAAGACAUUGAUCGCGAUGUGUUUAACGAAAAACCUUCUAAGGAAGACAUCAUCUCUGUUACCGAAGGUCAAGGACCCCAAAAGAUAUACGAUCACGCCGUCAUUCACACCACGAUGGGAGACAUCCACAUGCGCCUAUUUGGGAAGGAGUGUCCAAAGACGGUGGAGAAUUUCUGCGUGCACAGCAAGAACGGCUACUACAAUGGUCAUAUCUUCCAUCGCGUCAUAAAGGGUUUCAUGAUACAGACCGGAGACCCGACCGGGACGGGAACCGGUGGACAAUCGAUAUGGGGCGGAGAAUUUAAGGAUGAAUUUUGUUCGACCUUAAAGCACGAUCGUCCGUACACGAUUAGCAUGGCAAAUGCUGGUCCGAAUACCAAUGGCAGCCAGUUUUUUGUGACCGUUCUUCCGACGCCCUGGUUGGAUAACAAACAUACCGUGUUUGGACGUGUGCAUAAAGGAAUGGAAGUGGUGCAGAAUAUAUGCAAUAGUAAAACAAACCCUAAAACUGACAAACCGUAUGAUGAAAUUCGGAUAAUCUCAAUCAAUCUUUCAUAGAUAAUAAAGAUAGUGAUAUUGUCAGUAGUAAAAAAAUUCCUCUUGCACGAAUAAAUUGUUAUACUCGGUUGUACUCCGGAGGUUUUGCAAAUAAUUCAGGUGACUUUAUCACUUC